GGGAAAAGAUAGAAAGUUAUAGAGAUAACAAUAAACGAUUGUUACUUCUUACACCAACAAGCAUCAGGAUUAGUAGUAAACUUUUUAUUAUCAUCAUCAUCAGAAAAGUGAAAUUCAUUACAAUCAAAGAGAAGUUGUGAUUAUUGACUAUUAAUAGUAUUUCAGUAGUAUAAAACAUGAUUGAAUUAUUCAAUUAUCAAUUAUAGAAUCGAUUAUAUUUGGGAUAUUUUGAAAUUAAUGUAUCAUUAUUACUGAUAUUUUAAAAGAGAGAGAGAAAGAAAGAAAAAAACAAGAAAAAGAAAAAAGAAAGAAAAUCAUUUCAAAGAAAACAUUUCUAUAAACAUUUAAUGUAUACAAAUAGAAUAAACAUAAUAAAAGUGAACAUAGAAACAUAUCCCCAAUAGUAAUAAUAAUAAUAAAUAAUAAUGGCUUUCACACAAAUUGGAUGUUCCUCAUCAUAUAAAAUGACAAUAUGUCCACGAAACCCAUCACCAACGACAAUAUCUUUAAAUAAUGAUGUUACACAUGUUGAAGAUGGAUUUACAACAAAUGAUUAUGGUAAUAAACACAAUUCUUGGGAAUGUUCUGAUUUAAAUAAUGAUUUAACCCAAAAUGAAGCACAUGGUAACAAACAACAAUAUCAACAAGAAUUAUUGAAUAUUCCAUUUACACCUUCACAACCUAAAUCAUAUCAAAAUUUACGAUAUACUGGAAAACAUUUUCUAAAUGAUUUAAAUUCAUCUAAUUUACAACAUUCAAAUAAAGAAUUCAAAGAACCGGGUAAAAAUGAACUGGACAAUUUAGAAGUAUUUUCAUCAGAUAGAUUAACACAUAGUUUAAAUUAUUCAACACCUACUUCAUUAUACCAUCACCAUGAUCAACAUCAUCAUGAUCAGGAUCAUCAUCAUCAUCAACAACAACAACAACAACAACAAUAUUCUAAUCAUUUAAAUUAUCCUUCUAAUUAUCAAAAAUCUAAUUAUAAUCUUUAUCAUCAACCAAAUGAUGAUCCUGUAUUACAUUCAUCACUACCAAUAGAUUUUCAUGAAUCAUCUAUUUAUUUUAGACAACCAAAAGAAAUGCAUCAUACCUCAGAGAUUACAACUUCAAAUUAUUCAGAACAAGAAAUCACAGAAAAUAAAUUACUGUCAAAAUUAAAUAUACCUACAUCAUUAGAUCAUUUAUCUGUUUCGUCUAAAUCAACAUCAUCAUCAUCAUCAUCAACAACAACAACAUCAUCAUCAUCAUCAUCAUCAUCAGCAGCAGCAGCAGGAGUACCAAUGGAAUUACAUAUUGGAGAAAUGAAUGAAGUUCAUUCAAAUCAAUAUGGUAAUAUAAGUACAGAUUUACAUUUAAUUCAUAAAAAUGAUAAUGAUUUAACAGAAUUUUCAAAUUAUACACCAUAUUUAAAUAAAUUAUUUUCAUCUAAAGUAUUAUUUAAUCAUAUACAACAACAAUCACUAAGUCAACAACAUACUACUGAUAAUAAUUUAAUAAGUAGUAGUAAUAAUAAUAGUAAUGCAUGUAGUAUAACAAACAUUAUUAGUAAUAAUAUAUAUACUGAUAAAAAACACUAUGAUUCAAAUGUAUUAUUACCAACAACUAUUUCACUUUUUCCUACUCAUACUACUUAUACUACUGGUACAUGUAGUAGUAUCAAUGAGAAUAAUACAAAUCAUAAUAAAAAUUAUACUACUACUACUACUGCUACUACUACUACUACUAGUACUACUACUACAACAACAAUAAUGGAUUAUGAAAAAUUCCAACCAAAUGAUUAUAAAUUAUUAUCUGAAAAGGGUUUACUGAAAACAAUGGAGCAUUACUCUUCUUCUUCUUCAUCAUCAUCGUCAUCAUCAUCGACUUUUGAGUCUCGUGAUAUAAAAUAUCCUAAUACACAAAUAUUAAAUGAUAAAAUACAAUCAUCAUCAUCACCAAUAUCAUCUUCACAUUCACCGAUAGAUCAUCCAAGAAUAAAUGAAAUGAAUAAUUCAAAUAUAAUAAUGACAACAAAUAAUUCAUUAUAUCGUGGUAUACCUUCAAUUCAUCCUCCAACUGUAAAUGUUUAUUCACAAGUUAUAAAUUCAACUCAUUCAAAACAGUCAAUAUAUCCACGAAUACCAACAAAUGAUUUGUCAAUAGAACAUCCUCAUUUUCAUAUACGGAAUAAUGGUAAUAAAACUAGUAAUAAUAAUAAUAAUCCAUAUCCAUUCAGUGGGAAUUUACCACAUCCUCAUCAUAAUCAUCAUCAUCAUCACCAUCAACUUUUAUCUAGAUCAGUUCAAAAUUCUACUAAUACUCAUUUACAUCAUUCAGUUUAUUUAAAUAAUGGACAUUUAAGAAAUUUCAAUCAAACUAAUGGUUCUAGUAUUGGACAUACAAAUCAUCAUGGAUUUACUUAUGGUCUUGAUGGUACACGACGUAAAAAUGCUACUAGAGAGAGUACCACAACAUUAAAAGUUUGGUUACAAGAGCAUAUGAAAAAUCCAUAUCCUACUAAAGGGGAAAAAAUAAUGCUUGCUAUUAUCACAAAAAUGACAUUAACACAAGUUUCAACAUGGUUUGCAAAUGCUAGAAGACGUUUAAAAAAAGAGAAUAAAAUGAGUUGGCCACCAAAAUCAAUUGGAAGUAAUAAUAGUAUAGAACAGAAAAGUCCAAUAAAUUUAAAUUCCGCGCAAAAUUCAAAUAUAAAUGAUAAAUCUAUUGAACAUUUAAUAAAAUCAACUAAAAAACUUCAAAAUAAUAAAGAUUCAAAUGAUGUUGAAACAAUUUUAGCAGAAGAUGAUGACGAUGAUAAUGAUGAACAGAUGGUUGAGGAUGAAGUUGAUGGUGAUAAUGACAACGAAGAUAAUAAUAAUGAUGAUAAUGAUGACGACAACAACGACGAAGACGGCGACGAUGAUGACGAUGAUGGUGAUGACGAUGAUGAUGAUGAACAAAAUGAUAAUGGUGAAUUUGAUGAAGAUUAUAAUGAUAUUGUAGAAGGUGAUCUUGUAUCAAAUAAACAUAAUUUUAGACAGAAUUAUUUAAAUUCAUCACAUCAUAACUUUCAAUCAAUUCCAUCAUUUUUAUCGUAUUCAAAUCAUGAUUCUUCAAUUUGUGAACAAUCUACAAAUCAUAUUAAUUUGAAUAUAAUUCCAAAUGAAAGAAAUUUUGAAUUAUUUCGUUAUACUACUAAUACUUAUCUUACACCAUCAUCGUCAUCAUCAUCAUCAUCACAAACAGUUCCACAUUAUAGUCAAUUAUCAAAUGUUCAUUAUGAUGAUGAUAAUAAUAGUCAAAUUGGAAUACGUAAUUCACAUACAAUGAAUGAAUAUCUACUUUCUAAUACUACCAAUAGCACUACUACUAUUACAAAUACUACUAAUACUAUGAAUAGUAGUAUCAAUAGUACUAGUAUUGGAACAAAUAUACUUUCUAAAUUACAACCUCAAUCAAAAUCAUUACAUCUUUCAUAUGAAAUUCCUUCAGAUAUUAAUCGAAAUUCUUUAUAUUCAACAAUGAAAUAUCAUAAUUCAAUUCAUUCUACUAUUUCAUCAUAUUUACCUACAAUUAUACAAUCAUCAACCUAUUACAAUUCAUCUAUACCAAUGAACAAUACUACAAAUACAACAGUGAAUUAUCAACAUUCAAAUCUUGUAUCUUCCUCAUCAUCCUCCUCAUCACCAUCAUCAUCAUCAUUAUCAUUAUCAUUAACAUCGAAUUCAUUUAUUCAUAAUGAACAAAUUCCAUUAAGUCAAUCUAUUAAUUAUCCACAUUCUUUAAUAUUAAAGCAUAAUAAACAAUCAUUAAUGAAUACAGAUAUGAUGUACAAUACAAAAUGUCUUCAAUCCAACUUUUGUUAAUAUUUACACCCCCCC